GAAGCAUCACUCACCCUGCUACCAUGGUGCAAUGGAAAUACCCACCUAAAAGUAUAUUUUCACUGCAUUUUGCUGAUCUCUCCCAGUUUGGGGAGAGAGUUUUCAUGAAAACCAAGGGUCUGUACAAUGCACAGUGAGGGGAGUACUGCUGAGGUGCCUCCUCCUCCUCCUGUUUGCUGCUGCAUUACCACUGCUGGAUAUGAGGAGAGGCAUUUGACUCAGCCACAAUGAAGCUAAUACACUGAUGAUGCAAAACAGUGUGGCUGGAGUGGCCUGAAACCCUGAACUAAUAGCAGAGUACAUGUAGUAUGGCACAUUUGUCUCUACUCCACAAAUCCUAUCCCACCGUGUCUUCCUUGAGACAACGAGGCUCAGAUGUGAGUGUGGAAAGUGCAGGGUAGCAUCGGGCACGAGUGUCAUGUGAUGAUGUCUCGCUAGAAGGCGGUGGUGCCUACUUAAUGGGCUUCUGUUCCCUGCCCUAAGGCGAGGCAGCUUCCCGGGGCUCCGGGGGAAGCUUAGAGAAGGAGGAUGGUCUUUGUGGAGAGGAAGAAAAGACCGUUUCUAAAAUAUCCAGUCUUUUCAGUCCUUAGGAGCUUGCUGCUGACUUGAGGACAAAGGUGGAAAAGGGCCAGGACAGAAAAUGUGAGAUGUCCUACCAUCUGGUGGGCCUACUUGCAAACUGGGCACUACAUCCACAACACCCAAACCUCAAAAGGCCCUGAUGUCCUUGGGAGGGAGUGGGGAACAGGUUCUUUCAGUCUGGCUUGGCUAGGGAGAGCUGUGUGGCUGCUCCCUGCCUGUUCCAGUGCUGGCCCUUGUUUCCCUUCUAAAGCCACAGCAUGAUGCUUUCCACCCUCCUUGCCAUAUUAUGGAGUCUUGUCUUUCAGUUGUCUCCUGUCUCAAAUGAGGACAACUGUACAAGGAUAAAUGGGAAAAAGAAAGUGAGACAAGAAAAAGAAGGAAGAAGGAUCAGGAUAAAGGUAAAUAAUGGAGGAAAAAAGCAUGUCUGCCAGAAAGAGGAGGGAGCCAGUGGGGCUCCUCAGCUCGUGGCUAAAACCCCAGUAUAAACUGGGAACUGUAUUCACACCGGUGUGUGAAGCUGUGAGUCAGGCACAUUCCUCCAAGCAGUGGUCAAGGCAGCGCUCAGGGGGUUGGUUCAGCGGGGCAGGGCCCCCGUCUCCAAAGCCUGUCUGAGCUGAACUGACACAGACCUGGGAGCAGAAAUCUACUUCAUCCACUGUUUCUGUGGGCCGAGCAAACUCUAGAGAAGCAACAGAGGAUGAGCUAGUGAAGAAAAGAAACAUUUCCUCCUGGCUGGCAGAGGUUGUCUUGCACGUAUUGGUAUUGAAGGAAAAGGCAGUGUCCCUUUCUUGGCUCUUUCACGGUUAAGGAAAAUAACCAGACAGAGCUUGUGAUGGACAACAUCAGCAAAAUGGACUGGGCAGCUGGAGGUGAGGAAUAGACUUCUCUGGAGCACCCUGUCUAUGUCUGAUGACCUCUCCCCAUUCUUCCCUUGGCUGCUUUGUUCUUAAGGAUAGAAGUGUGCUGUACAGCGAGGGUGGAAGGCGGGAGGAAGGAACAGCUCUCUGAGAACUUGAUUUUCUCUUGCUUGAGUUACUCAAAGAUGUCUUACAACCCUUUUCUCAUCAGCCCAAGUCCUAGAGAAGAUGCAAAGGGUGGCACUUUCGUGGUGGAAAGCAGCAGUGGGGGUGAUGACAGCAGUGUCCUGGGGGUGGACAGCCUGGUCAAAGGCCCGCUGGGUGCAGUGCUGCUGGUCAUGUGCCUCACUGGCAUGGUGGGGAACAUCUACACAGUGGCAAUGGUCUCUGGCAGGAUGGCAAGCUGCUCAGCAGGCUCCUUGGCAGUCUGCAUGAUCAACCUGGCCCUGGCUGACCUCCUGUACCUCUCCACCAUCCCCUUUGUGGUUUGCACCUACUUUGCCCACGACUGGUUCUUCAGGGAUAUGGGUUGCAGGGUUUUGCUCAGCCUAGACCUCCUCACCAUGCAUGCAAGCAUCUUCCUCUUGACCGCCAUGAGCCUGGAGAGGUACUGGGGAGUGGCCAAGCCUCUGCUGGCCAGGCAGGCCAGCAACACCUACCAAAAAAUGGCCAGUGUCAUCCUCUGGCUCCUCUUGCUCCUGCUCACAGCCCCCAUGAUGGUGAUGACUCGGCUGGGAGGGGACAGCCCCCACAAGCACAUCUGCAUCCCCACCUGCAUGCCAUCAGCUUUCUGGCUCUACCUGACCAUGCUGUUCACCACCAGCGUCCUGGCACCUGGUGCCGCGCUGGGCAUCGUCUACACCCGCCUGGCCCGGGCCUACUGGUGCUCGGCCUGCGGCCUGGGGCAGCCAGUGACCAUCCAGGCCCCUGCACUGUGGCUCCUCCUCAGGAUCUCUGCCAUCGUGCUGGCCUACUGGGCCUGCUUCCUCCCCUUCUGGGCCUGGCAGCUGGCCAGGCUGUACCAGGGAGAGGAGCUGGGCAUCGGCCCCACUGCCCAGGCCUACCUUAAAUUUGGUGUCACCUGCCUGGCCUAUGGCAACAGCUGCGUCAACCCCUUCCUCUACACCCUGCUUGCCAGCAGCUACCGCCGGUGCCGAAGCCACACUGGGACGGGUGUGGUGCCUGCAGCGCCCUCUCAGCAGGCUGUGGAAAGCCACAGCAUCCCCCUGGCUUUCAGGGAGUUGUCAGGGUCUGUGAGGGAAUGUGAGCAGGCUGGGAACAUCUGACCUUUGGCUGGGGUCUUGUUGAGAAAUAAAAGUGUGUCACCUUCCAUGCCAGUAUGCAGUGUCUUCCAUCAAUGUUGUUGUAGUGCUUUCUCCUUUGCAUGGCUGCUCAUCCUGCUCAGCUAGGUAGGGAGAGUGCUUGUCUCAGGGAUUCUGACUCCAUCUUCAGAUCCUUCAGCCCUCACACACCAGCCUCUACCUUGCACAAGGCUGGGGAGUGGGUGGAAGGGAGCA